AUGGGAUUCAUAACUCAGAGAUUAGCAAACCAAGCCGCAGAUAAUUUUGCUUUAAAAUGUCUUCAUUUGAAAAGAGUUUCCUUUGGCUUUAAGAUAAGAACAAGUUGUUCUAUUACAAAGAAUGCACCAAAUGGUCACACCGAAGUAGAUAAAAAAAUUGAAAAAAGUCCUCAAACAGACUCACUUGCAUUAAAACAACAAAAAGAGAAUUCAACGUGGUGGAAGAGUUUCAAAUAA